AUGUGCCCUGCCUGCUUAUCAAAGCUAAAAACUUGUGAAAAGGGAGAAAGAUUGUUGGUAGCUCAGUGUGGUCACUUGUCAAAAGGACAAUUUAAGAACUCAGUCAAGUCCUUGAAGCAUGCACAGGAAGCAAGUGUGCCUAAGCCAAGUGAAUACACUUACAAAUCAGCCACUGAUCAAAGCACAAUGAAAGACAUAAGUGAGGAUCCUGGAUUCCAGCAGCAGCUGUCAUCUGUAAGACCAAGGAUAGUACCAGCCACUGACCCUUGGUUCUGGGCACCACUCAGUAAUCAGAACACUACUCAGAUCCUCUUUGACAGGGCAAUGGACAGUGAUGGGGGCCAUCAGAGUAUCCAUUAUCAUCCUUCCCCAAGAAACCCAGGUUAUUAUAUAGUUCCUGUGAUAAAUGAAAGGACCAAAGGUGGGCAAGACACUGGUGAUUCUGAAGUUAAAUCUGCUGUCUGGGACACACUUUAUGGAUCCUUGAGACCACCAAACCCAUUUAAACAAAGCAAGGAUGAUGAGGAUGCAAUAUCUGAAGCUCUUAGGGUAUCCAUGACACCCAUAGAAGAUGACACCUUCUCUGCUGCUGCUGGAUCAUCCAACAGGAGACAUGAUUCUCAGUUUAUUGUCCACAGAAUCCAUAACAUGGAAAGCAGAUUGCAGUCUGCAGCUUAUAAUGAAAAGUCUUUGGCCCAGCAACUCAGUAGGGACUCUACAGGAGAAGGUCCAGAUGCCCUACCAUAUUUGGAGAGUGCUGAAGAGGAAAUGGAUAGCUGGAAGGCCAUUUGGGACCAAGGCCCAAGUGCAUUUGAGUUGAAGGAAAGAAGAGAGGAGGCCAGGAGGAAUAUUGAAAAGCUUGAAAGGGAAUUUCAUCAUGUAACCAGCCGCAGUGCUCAAGCCAAGAUGCACUCACCAAAACACACUCAGCCUGAUUCUGACAAAAUACAAGAGGCAUUUGAUGCUGAAAUGCCUCCCAUAGAAACAGAUGAAUUCAUUCCUAGAAGCAGGAGGAGAGCUGGCAGAGACAUUCAACCAUUCACUGUCAACAUUGACUCUAUAACCCUUGAAGCCUUGGACCAAGAUGCCACCCCAAAGGAUGAUCUAGUUGAAGUCCAAGUGGCCCUUUUUUCAGACAAGCAGACAAACUCAUACAAUGGAUUCUUCAUUCCUGAACACAUGGCCAUGUCUCAGAAGGUUCUCCUCUUUGGACCCUCUCAUCAACAGUGCAUUCAAAAUACUGACAUAGAGCCAAAAGUACCUUACUUGUCCACAUGCCUGUCUUGUCCACAUGGAAGUGAUCACCAAGUCAUGCUUUUGUUGGCUGAAGAAGACCACAGUCCUUCCUGGGCCAAAGUCAAGGCUUCUGGCACUUAUUCUAGUGUCACAUGGCCUGUGGACUACAUAGUGGAAACUGCACAAGAAUUCCAGUCCCCAGAAGUGCAGGUUCCUGUCACAGUUACAGAUGUACCCCUGAGGAUCCUUGCUGGUGAUGAAAGGAACCGUUUUUGCAAUGAUUGUCAUAAUCCUGUGAACAUACCACUUGAACUCAGAAGUGGUAAUGUGAUUCACACCACAGAACCAUUCUGGCCACAGCAAGAAACCCCAGUAAGGUCAGACUCCUCAUACUACAUGCAUAACUAUGCUGAUCAGAUGAAUCCCAGGCAUGCAACUCCUGCAUACAUGCCUGAUCAUUUGCAAAACCAGCACAUUGUUGGAUAUCAGAAUCAAAAUCAAGUACCAGCUGCUGCUUACUUACCAAGAGAUGCCUCAGGCAAUGCCUGGGUUCAAGUCCUUCAGCGAAAAGAUGAAAUCCUGAAGCAAUAUCAGACUCACGCUCAUAGAGACAUGGUCUAUGAAAGGAAUGGAACUACCACUGAAUAUUCCAAUGCUUUCCAAACCUUGAACCAAUAUACAGCUCAGAAUACUGCUCCUCUGAAUGUUUCAACUGACAGAUCCCAGCUGAUGGAUGUGCCUAAACCUCAGGUUCAAGAAUCAGUUCAUGCUGUAGAUGACUCAAAAUCAGACCAUGAUGAAGUCAGCAGUGUGAGCAGUUCCAGAAAAGCCAAGGGGAACUUUCUGAAUGCCAUCAGAUCCAAGUUGAACAAAAUUGGUAUUGCCACUAAAGAAAACUCCAAAGGGAAAGUGUCUGGAAACUCAGAUUUCAUUGUGCCAAAAGAAGUUUCUUACACCCCUCAAAGCCAAGAAAUGGAUUACCAACUGUAUGAAGAACAAGGUCAAGUUAGAUCUCUUGAACUUGUCCAUCUCAACAAUUCUUUCAAUAACCAACCAGCAAAGCAUGAGUUUUCCUCAGCAGAGACCCAAAAGAUUGGACAAGCUGUGCACAGGUACAUUCCUGAAUAUCCAGGACUAUCUUUGCCUCCCAAUUGGGCCAAUGAACAGGCUGAAUUCUAUGCCUUGAGGAAACCCAAUCAGGCUAUUGUGGGAUUUGAUGAAAGUCACUUGGCACCCAAGCAUUUGCCAUUUUUGGGACCACAGCUGCUCAGACCACAAUUCACAAAUGUACCUGGAUUGACAUUCAGAGCUCCAGGACAGCAAGGAAUUCUUCCUUCUUUUCUGGUCUCCAAACUACAUCAUCAGGCCUUGAGGAACCACUUGCAUCAGUCAUCUUACUGCCAAAGUGAAGAAGUUGAGAGUGGAUCGUGGACAGUAACAGAGAGUGGUUCAGACAGAACCUCUGUCCAAGAAAGCUCAGAGCUUUCAGGAACUGACACUGGAUCAACAACAGGUUCAAUUUCAAGGUUAACUGGUGGACACAUCAUUGAUGCUCCAUUGAACUCAAGUAAAUUGGCUGCUUGA